UUGUGUGUAAUUACCACCGAUUCAAUCUCUGCGGUUGUAAAAGCUAUGCGACAGCGGCGGCAUUAUCUCCUCGCGACCAAGCAACAAGUCUGGCGAUCCAUAAUGCGAGUGUCACUACAUUGAACAUUAUUGCGGAACAAUUUUAGUUGUAAGUUAGUCGUGCACACAAUAGGAAGAGACAAAAUAGAAUGAAGUGCAUUUCCGUAAUUUUGUGUUUUUUCCUUGCAUUAGGGGUAGCGAAUUGCUACGAUCUUGGCGCAUCUGUCACCUACUUGAUGUUAAUAGACAAAAUGCAACAAGCCAUUCCGCAAGAUUUUGAGGCGAAACUGCGUGAUCUACAAUUUUUCAACUCUGAUAAGCACGACCUAUACCUUAAAACUCUUAUUUACGAUUCACGAUAUCCAGAAGAAUCUUUUAGAAGAGCUUGCAGAACAUUAUCAGAGCCUCUGAAUGCUAUUUUCGAUUUUACACUGGGAGGCUGGCCACAGAUUAGAGAUCUCGCGAACAUCACUGGAACUCCGUACCUCCAAGUAGAAUUAACCUCGGGGCCCUUCUUCAGGACCAUCACGGAUCACAUAGAGGCCCGUGGAGGCAAAAGAGCAGUGUACGUUUUUCAGACCGAGAUAGACAUGAUAUCAGCGGAGUACACCUUGGCCGACGAGUUUAAGCUCGAGAUUCUCUACUUUGUUGGUUUAAACGAAGACAGCUUCGAUUUUCUCAGUAGUAGCAUCCAACCAGAAGACUAUUUAGCAAUAUUUUACACUUCAAAUCAAGUCAACAAAAUUUUCAAUGAGGUCUUGAAAAGCAAGUUGGUUAGUCCCGAUAAAAUCAUCACUUGUUUGCUGGACUUUGAGAUGAGCCCUUUCGACACAGACCUCGCCGAUUUGCAUUUGGAACUUCCGGAGCAAGAAAUCACGCUGGUUCGACCGUCAAUUUCCUUGAUGUGCUGCCCAAUUUUGAAUGAUGCUUCCAGUUCUUGCUCCUGUUCUCCAAAAACAAAGAUACUGCCGGUGGUAUUGUCUCGCGUUGCUGAUCUUUUUCUCGACUUGGUACGCAAAGAUCUCUCUGUGAUUCGGCGACCAAGGCGGCCAAUGGAUUUUUGUAAUCUCGAAUUAGAUCUAAACUUGGAGGAAGAGGCGAUAAUUUUAAGGGCGAAAUUCCGCAAUCAAGUUCUGGAAAUCUUGCCAAAUCACCGAGCGUUGGAGUUCGACUGGGACAAAAAGGUACUCGGCUAUCAGACAGUUCUGGAGAUAUUAUCCCUCCAGAAGUUUCAACUGAACGAAACCGAACGCAGGCACAGAUCGAAGCGUCAGUCGAGCACGGUGCAGAAGUACGGCAUUCAAACGAUUUUGAGGCAGGUGGAAGCGCCGGCAGGCCCGGGAACGUCGAAUACACCGCAGGUGACAUUGGUAGUAGCUUUCGCUGAUGACGAGCCUUGGUCAUACAGGGAUGGAAACCGUUGGAUUGGCUACUGCGUGGACUUGAUGCAAAAACUUUCCGAAACGGGGUCAUUCACCUUCAAUGGCGUUCGCAUAAAUGAUUAUGGUACAAAGCAGAGUGACUUGAGUUACAAUGGGGUGAUUGGACAACUCAUAAAGAAGGACGUUGACAUUAUUGCUGCUCCGUUGCCCGUCACAAGUGACCUGGACGAUGCCAUUAACUUUGUGGAGCCUUCUUAUGAACGAGUUGGCCUCUCGAUUGUCACGAUGGUGCCUCAAAUCUCAAAAUCGCUGUUCAAAUUCGCAACUGUGCUCUCUCCGGCCGUGUGGUUCAGCACUUUUGGGGCGCUGGUUGCCAUGAGCUUCAUAAUCUACUUCUUUGAAAUCAUGUCGCCAUUCAGCUAUCGAAACGACCCAGCUCGCUAUCCUUAUCCCUGCAGAGGUUUUAGCUACUACGAGAGCAUCUGGUUCGCAGCCACGUCGUUCACUCCACAAGGAGGAGGAGAGUGCCCGCGGCCAUUGAGCGUGCGAGUAGUAAUUUUUGGAUACUGGAUCUUCGUCGUGCUGAUGCUUUCAACGUUCACGUCUAAUCUAGCUGCCUUCCUGACCGUCGAGCGAGCGCAGAGUACUCUCGACUCGCUCGAGUCUCUGGCCAGGCAGACGCGGGUCGCCUACGCUGUGCAGAAGGGUGGCAAGGCGGAAAAAUUCUUCGAUAACAUGAGAAACGCUGAGGAUCUUUUAUACAGACAAUGGGUAGCAAGUGUGGAGAGUGCAACUAACGCCGAAGCCAAUGCGUUCCGAACGUGGAACUAUCCCAUCCGCGAAAUGUACAAAAUUAUCUGGGAGCAACUGGGCAGGACCGGUGGAUUCUUAGAAACGCCUGCCGAAGGAAUACGAAAGGUUUUGGCAAGGCCGGACGGUUCUUUCGCGUUCAUUCACGACUCGACGUGGAUCAAGUACGAAGUGCUGCAAGACUGCAGGCUGACAGAGGUCGGUGAAGUCUUUGGGGAGCAGCCAAUUGCCUUGGCUGUCCGGAAUGAUGCCACCCUUCUCUCUUCGAAACUAGGCGCAGACCUGCUCGUUUUGCAACGAGAUAGAUACCUUGAGGAGUUGACGUCUAAGCACUGGAAUCAAAGCCAUCGAAACACUUGCGAGGGCGACGUUAAGUCGGAAGGAAUUUCGCUCGAGAGCAUCGGGGGCAUUUUCAUCUUCACUUUUAUCGGAUUGGCAAUGGCAUUCCUAAUCGUUCUGAUUGAAGUGUUGUACCAACAGAGAGUAAUGUCAAGGGCAAAAAGAACCACCAGGGCGAUGUUCGCAACGCCUCCAGCGGCUUCAGAAAUCAAGCCAGGCGAGUUUAAGCAAAAGCGCAAAAGGAAAUCCACCAGUGACCUCAACACAAACGCUUCACCCAGGAAGAACUCCAAGUCCAAAUAACUUCAAAAGCACGUUUCAGU